AUGGACUUGGUCUUAGCCCUAAACUUGGCUGCUGCCUGAAGUAGUUACUCUGUGAGUUAUCAGCAUGUGCUGAGGUCCGGCCAAGCAGCACCGCUGUUCCACCCGUUUGCUCUCUUCUCAGCUCUGACGUCCGCUCAGGUAUUCCCGUCAGCAUGAACGACCUAACAGACCAGUCCCACUGGUUGUCUCCGGCUCUGAUCAGCUCGGACGCCCUGGCUUGUUUCUCCUCUGAGCCUGGCCUGCUGCCCACAGGAGAAAACAGUGACACCUUCUUCUCCAACCAUGACACAGACUACACCAGCCUGUCCUCCUUCUUAAACAACUCAAGCCACAACCGAGCACCAUCCUCCUACAGACAGACCUCAGGACGGCAGACGCUCACAUCACAGAGUCUUCUUACCAGCCCCCAGCUGCUGGACGGGCCAGGCACCCUGAGCUCACCCUACAGCCCACUGUCCUCCCCCUGGAGCACCAGCCCUCUCUCCAAGACACCUCUGCACUCACACACUCCAACAUCCCUCUACACGUCCGGCACCACGGCCUCCUUCACCACAUCCAGAGAUGGAUACUCCUCUCCCAGGAGGGAAGACAGUCCCCAGCUUCAGGAGGCCCUGAAGGCGGAGCGCAUGAGCCCAGCAGGGGGGUCAAAGGGCAGCAGCAAUUUUUUGAACCUGACUCCUGCUUCUGGGAGCUUGUACACUGCAUCUUGCCACUCCCACCAGCACAUGUUGAGCCCCUACAGCUCGUACAUGAGCACGCCGCAGGACUACGGCUCACCUGCGCUUUACUCCAGCCCAGGGUCAUGGAUAAACCCUUCCUACUCUCCUAAACUACACAACAAGAUGAGGAUACCCACACCAGAGGCCAGAGAGUGUGUUAACUGUGGAGCUACAGCCACGCCUCUGUGGCGUCGCGAUGGAACAGGUCACUAUCUGUGCAACGCCUGUGGAAUUUACCACAAGAUGAAUGGCCAAAACAGACCCCUCAUCCGGCCAAAGAAAAGACUGAUUGUCAGCAAGAGGGCAGGUACAUUGUGUGCCAACUGUCACACAAGCACGACAACGCUGUGGAGACGCAACGCCAAUGGAGAACCUGUGUGUAACGCCUGUGGACUCUACUUUAAACUACACAAUGUCAACCGGCCCCUCACUAUGAAGAAAGAUGGCAUUCAAACACGGAAUAGAAAAGUGUCAAACAAGAACAAGAAGAACAGGAAGGCCGUCGCCUUGGAGCCGUACUCCAGCAUGACCCAGCUGCCUCACCUGGAUGAUAAUGGAGGCCAUUUCUCCAUCAGCCCCAGAACUCUUCUGACUUACAGCCACACGCCACACUUGAUCUCAACGCCAUCCCCCUUACACCCAUCCACCACCUACUCACACCACCUCACCACUGGCAUGGUGCCCACACUGGUGUGAAAUAAACAAAAGCAAACAAACACAAACCUUA